AAUAGAAAAUAUAGAAAAGAAAUUAGAUACAGAGACAAGCGACAAGAUGCAGAAAUCGCCGUUAAUAUCGAAGAUGAAGUCGAAUUCUGUGAAGCUUGUGGCAACAACACAAGAAAGAUUGCUUAUUCAGGAUUUAAUCACUGCUUUGUUAGGUGAUAUACCAAUCUAUAUAAGGACUAAUUUCGAUAUCCAGCGGAUUGCCCAUCCCGAUGAGCUAUGGCAAGUGCAUUUUGAAAUCGACACUGUGCAUUUCAGUGGUGAACAACGCGCUUUGAUUAACGAUUUCUUGCCAAUGAUGGCAUAUCAAGCUGUUGUCCAUAGUUAUAUAUAUGUGAUCCGUUUUAAACAAUGCAAUGGACGAGCUCAAUGGGCAUUGGCCAGUCUGUUGAGUAAAGAACUACAUCGCUACUUUGCAAUGCUAUGGAAACUCCAGAAGCAAUACAAUGAGAAGAAACUCAGUUUACAAAAAGUCGUUGAGCAAUUGAGUCCCUGGUUGCCUAUCAUGAACGUCUAUUGCGGAAUUGCUGGAUAUACCCAAUAUCUAAAUUUGAAUAGUGUACAGUUGAUUAAUCGGUUGGACGAAUUCUAUGACAUGAAUGAUUUCAGCUCGAACUUGGAGUUAAACAAACGUCUAUGUCAAAUGAUAAAGCAAGUUUCCGCCUUUUAUAUGGAAUCGAUACAAAUGUGGACCCAAAAGGGCAGUGCUGGUUAUAUUGAGAAUGAAUUCUUCAUUAGCGAUAUGGCCAUGGAUACGGAACCAUGGGAAGAUCUAAGCUAUCCGGAGCAAUGUUCCAAUUUAUAUUGGGAUCAACGUUAUCGUCUUCAUGUGGAUCGUUUACCAAAUUUCUUGAUGGAUCACGCCAAUAUUAUUUUUCUCUCCGGGAAAUAUUUGAAUAUAUUAAAGCAAUGCAAUGUGGCUAUGACUUUAAUUGAUAUUCCACUCACCUAUCAACGCGGCGAUUUGUCCCACAUUAUGAUCAUACAACGCAGCUAUGAACUAGCAGCCAAGAGUCUUAAGGAUUUCUUGGUUAACGAUCAUGAGUUGCUUUUCCAUCUGAAUAAUCUUCGUUUAUAUGGUUUGCUUCAGGAGAAAUCAUUUGCGAAAAAUUUGAUGAAGAAACUAAAUGUUUAUUUGGAGGCCAAAGUGUCGAAUUUAAAACUGGAGGAGUUGCAAGGUCAACUGGUUAAAGUGUUGCACAAAUGUGGUGAUUCCUUUAAAGAUCUUAUGCGUAUUCAGUUAAAGGAUUGCAGCCUUCUAGCCGAUGACAUUGGCUAUGACCAACUCUGUGGCUACGAUAUUAUAUGCCUAAACUAUGAAGUCAAAUGGCCACUAAGUCUUGUAUUGAACUCUGAACGUUUGGGGCAGAUGCAAGUAUUGCAACGAGUUGUUCUCUGUUUGCGUUACGUGCAAUAUAAGUUGGAAAAACUUAACUCAUCCACUACAUCGUCUAACGAUCCGCUUUAUACACAUAUGCUGCAGAGCUUUCAGGGUCUAUUCGAAUACAUGUCCAUGACCAUUGAGUCACGUUGGAGGGAAUUUCUUGAUUCAGUGCUUGCGGCUGUUACCAUUGACCAAGUGGUCUCUGCAUUCAAGAACACUUUGGACCAAAGCAUCGAAGUUUGUUUAUCAACCGGUCCUGAUUUUGUACGUUAUGUCCUCAAUAUUGCCAGGACAUGCAUUGAAUGUCUAAAAGUUCAAGAGUUGGCCAAUAAGGGCGGAGACGAGACCAAAGAGGCGAGCAAACCUAUAAUUGAAUACUACAAGCAGUUGUUACUUUGCAUGGACGAAAAGGGUUGCAUUUAACUUCUAUUUUCAAGACGAAUUUCCAUUCUGA